AUCAUUAGUAAUCAACGUUAAAAAGCAACAGUCCACAAAUAUUAAGCGUCGUUCUAACUUUAGACUAUUUACAAAUUAAUUUAAGGCAAUGUCAGGUUGUAUAAAUAACCCCAGCACACCUGAACUUUGUAUAUGUCUGGGGGUAAUUUGUAAUUUCUGGAAAACGGAAGGCAACAGCAGCGCCGUUUUGAGCUGCAAGAAGCUGUUUCCAUGGCGUCAACCUCAAUGCAGCAAAGGAAAGAAAGGGGGGAAGCCAGAGUCUAAAAUUGCAGAGGAGUCCGAUGCUGAGAAAGCAAAGGCAAAUGCUGCCCUUUGGGAGGCCAGGCUUGAUAUAACGGAACAGUCCAGAGUGGAAUACAGGGAGGCUGCGAGGAAGCUGGCCAGAGCCAACGAGGAGCUCACCAGCCAGCAGUACCGGGUGGAGAAGGACACUGUGGAGAUCAUUGCCUUUUUGAAGAAGAAGGAGGCUGAAAAAGACGAACAGAUUGAAAAAUUGCAGCAACAGUUGAGAGAUCUGAAAAGGCAGGCAAGAGAAGAGAAGGAGGAGCUGGUCAGCGAUUACACACAACAGCUGAAUGAACUGGAUGAGAAGUUCAAGAAAAAGUCGAAUGAGUUGCGAAUGGUCCAGAGCGAGAUGAAGACCAUCAAGGAGUUCCGGAAGAAAAAGGCUCAGAUGGAGAAGGAGCUUGAGGACAUAAAAGAGAAUUUAUACAUUGCAAAGAAGGAACACAAGGAAAUCGUGGCAAGAAUGGAACACAAGUUCUUUGGAGAAAAACUUCGGCUGGAGAAAGAGGCAGAAAAGAAAAUAGCACAGCUGGCUGAGAGAGCCCACAAUGAAGCUAUUGUCCAGCUGGAUGAUGCUGCUCGCUCUGUCUUCAAGGAGAACGUCAGACUUAAUGAAGCACUGAGCUACCACAUGAAAGAAGCAGAGGAACUGAAGAAAAUGACAGUGAAACUAGCAGAGGAAAACAAAGAUCUUAUACAGAAACAGGUAACCAGCGAGCUGCUUGUUGAGGAGAAAGUCUCUCAAGUGGUACAGCUGAAAAAAGAGGUUGUGGAGCUGCAGAGGAAAGUGGCGUGUCUGGAGCAGGGCCUGGGCCACAUGGCCUGUGAGUUUGAAGCCGAGACGAACAUGACGCUGCAGAAGGCCCUCAUCUCGACGAAGGCUGGUAAAGUGGAGAUUGACAAACUCCAAAAACUCCUUGACAUGAAGGACCGGGAGAUGAACAGGGUGAAGAAACUGGCGAAAAACAUUGUGGACCAACGUACAGAGGUGGAGCGGUUCUUUCUGGAGGCACUGGACCAUGCAAAGCAGGAGGUCAGAAGCAGCAGGGCACAAUACAAGCAGGCAGCCCAGGUAGCCUAUCAGAGGAAGAUGCAGGAGGCUUAUGCAGGAAAAGAAGAGCAUCCUAAAAUCAGGACUUUCACCAAGAAUGAACACAGCACUAACAACGUGUACCAAGACCUGAGGGAAGCAGAGAACUGGGCAAACGUGCAGAGCAACAGGGUGGACAUUUCUGAACUGACGUGGGAGCAGAAAGAGAAAGUACUGCGGGUAGUCUUUGCUAAAAUGAACGGACUCAAAACAAGGAAACCAACACGAGACCUGUCUUUAUCAGCACCAACUGAAAGAAGCAUUAAAGACAAAGAAGAUCCUGGGUCUCUGAUUCAGGAUAACAACCCAAGUCUGACUUUCAUAACCCAGGCUCCACUGCCUGGGAUCCCUUCUCAGGGAAGCAUUCUCCCAGAUAUUCAGGCUAGCUGACACUGUCAAGAAGGCUUAUAUACCUCAGCCCUAUUCGACUGAACACUCCUGAACUGUACUAAAAAAAUAUACAUAACCUUUAGAUAUUCUAAUACUGGAAAAUAGACUUGUGCAAUUCUUCAUGAAGUGUUCUAUUUUAACCCUUUUUUUUGAAAAAAACAAAUAAAACUAUUGUUUUAUGUUUGUCUACACAAAUAGAUUUAAAAUAUACCAGUAAUUAGAACAUGUAUUUUGUAUACAACAAGCAGUUUCUAAACCUUUCUCAAAUGUCACAAUACAGAUACAAUGUUUUUAUUUUUAGAAAUCAAUUUUAUUUUUGGUCAGAAGUAUUGCAAUAUUCUGGGGACCAAAACCUGUGCAACAAACAAACCAUUUGUUUAAAGUGUGGGAUAGUGUCGCUAUUUCUCACUG